GUGGACCUCCGAUUUUGGACAAGAUACGGAUUGUAAAGGAAAGCUAAGAAGUUUGCUUUAGAAAAGAGACUACUUUACUUACAAAAGUUUAGUCUCCCUCACUUGCUUGCACUCUUCCUCUCCCUCCCAAUCUCUCCUCUUUUUCUUCCACUGAGCAGGUGUGAGCACGUCGCCCAUGUCUUCUGGAGGAGGGCCGGCCUCCCGCAAAGACCAGGAUCGAGGCGUGCGAGGCAAUGACCAGGUCUACAGCCAGAGGGAUGAUGACUCCCUCCCUCCUCUCCCCGAAGAUUUGCCCGUGGGCCCAGAGUUCGACCCCAGCGGCAGCGAGGAGAGCUACAGCGGAAUAGACCUCAAGCCCGUCCACCGCUUCGUCCCCGACUCUUGGAAGAACUUCUUCCGGGGAAGCGGAUCGAGCAAGAAGCCUCGGUCCACUCCGUCUGACAACAACAACAGCAGCAGCGGUGGCGGCCACAGCUCCACUCCACAGUCCCUCCCCGCUGCUGUCCCUGGUCCAACCGCGUACCAGAACCAGAACGGGGGCCCGGGGAACAACCACAUCUUCCAAAAGGAGCGAGAGGCCGAGCUUCUGGCCUCAACGCUGGACAUGGUGGAUGAGCGCAGCACCCAGGCUUACCGCGAGCGGCUCGAGGCUUACCGCCGUCGCCGUGGAUUUAGGGCCCAUAAAUCAUGGGCGGGCCUGCUGAGGGUGCUGGGCUGCGUGGAGCUGCUGUUGGGCGCGGCCGUCUUCGCCUGUGUCUGCACAUACAUCCACAAGGACAACGAGUGGUACAACAUGUUCGGCUACUCGCAGUCCCAGUCCCAGGGCUACGGGGGCGGGUACUCCGGGGGCGGGUACAACGGGGUGGGUAUGCCCUAUGGGGGUUCGGGGGUGUACUAUUCGGGCCCGAAGACGAUCUUCGUCCUCGUGGUAGCAGGGCUGGCCUGGGUGACCACAGUCUUCCUCCUGGUGCUGGGCAUGACUAUGUACUACCGCACCAUCCUCCUGGGCUCCACUUGGUGGCCCAUCACCGAGUUCAUCGUCAACCUGGUCUUAGCGGUCCUGUACAUGAUCGCGGGCGUCCUGUACGUCAGGGACACCACCCGCGGCGGGCUGUGCUCCUACCCCAUGUUCAACAACGGCCUGAGCGGCUCUUUCUGCCGCACCGAGCCAGGCCAGACGGCCGCCAUCGCCUUCCUCUUCAUCACCAUGGUGGUGUACGUGAUUGGUGCCAUUUUGUGCCUGAAGGUCUGGAGGCAUGAGAUUGCCCGCCGGUACAGGGAGGACCUGCAGCAGGAGAAUGCAGUGGGUUUGACGGCUCCGGAGAUGGUACAGGCCGUACCCAUGGCGAAGCAGCCGGAAGUAGUCAGAGGACACAUCCCACCUGCUAGACGCAUGCCCAAGACCUUGAUCAUGCCUGAUUACAUCACGAAGUACCCCAGCAUUCGAACGGACGAAGAGCGGGACCAGUACAGGGCGGUGUUCAAAGACCAGUAUGCAGAGUACAAGGAGCUGCAUGCAGAGGUGCAGGUGGCCGUGAAGAAGUUCGAGGAGAUGGAUGAGCUAAUCCGCAGCCUGCCCCAGAACCCUGCCAGUCACAUGGAACGUAGCCGGAUCAACAAAAUCCUUCAAGAAUAUCAGAGGAAAAAAAUGGAUCCUGCAUUUCUGGAGAAGAAGGAGCGGUGUGAGUAUCUGAAAAACAAACUGGCCCACAUUAAAAUGAAGAUACAGGAAUACAACAAAGCCACAAACUGGACGGACCGAUACAGCUGAGCAGCAUCUGGACAGAGACACGGGUCUGCAGUUUCAUUUUCUACCUGUCCGCACACUUUCUGAGACAUUUCACCGAGCAGACUCACAUCCUCCCGAAACACACCCAGACGUGGAUGUGAAAACACCGUGUUACACACCGAAAAGACACAGGACACCUUCUUCCCCUCUCCACUGCCAAGUGAAUAAAAAUGGGAUGCUGUUUGAUGACUGAAAAUGUUACUUUACCUGAAUCCGGAUUAGUUACCAAAAAAGUAUUAUUCGUGCCAUUGUUAACUUUGUUUUAAAUUACAGUAAUCUGGAUUGUACCUGGAUGUUGCUUUCUAUGCAGAUAAUAAUCUUUUUUGUCUGCAUACCAUGAUAAAGGGAUGUCAUUUUCACUCUUUUUUGAUAUUGGUUUAUCUUUCUCCAUUGUUUUUCAAUGGUAUUGUUGCUGAGCAGGCUCUGCUGCCCUCUUCCUGUUGCAGAUUGUAUAUACUGAAUUGUUUUGGAAAAAAUACAUUAUUUAUUUCUUUGGCAGGUGCCCUUACCCUGGGGUAACUUUCCAUAGCUUAGAAUGUCAUUCCUGUUUGUACAGCUAGAUAUUAGCAUAAUAGCAGCCAAGUCCGCAACCCAUGUACCUGAUAUGAACCACUGCUACAGAUUGACUCUGAAUACAUGUCAGUCUGCUUUAGUUAUGUGCAAUCAAGAUUUAAAAGGUCAAAUAAAAUGAAAAGAGGAAA